CAUCCUGAUGUGCUGAAGGUCGUAAAACUUAUCGUACAACAAUAGGCAUGGAAAGACAAAGCAUAACGUUGAUAUCAAACGAUAGUUCUUUAACAGUUAAAAAUAUUCCAUCCCCAGUUAGUUCAGGUGAAGAAUGAGUAGCUAAGAAGUCUGUUCAAACUAUCAAGGCUCCUAAAUAGAACUGAAAAGUUAAGAGUGCCGAGAAACCUUUAAGUCUAUCAAGGCUCAUCCUAUGGAAGUCAAAUCUCCAAGAAUGACUAUGAAGAUGGUCAAAAGCUUAUCUCAUGUCAACCAUAAGGUAGACUUCUUCUCCAAGAAUAAAGAAGAGGAUUACAUAAAGAAAAUAGACAAUAAGGUCAUCUCUGUCAUCGAAGAACUCUCCAUGAUCAAGAUAGAGGAAUUUGAAGAUAUUGAAAGGUAUGAUUAUAAAGCAAUCAGAAACUUCCUUGUUGCUAACAAGUGUGAUGUGGGAAGAGUCGUAGAUAUAAUCCAAAAAGAUAUCAGUUGGAGAAAAAGAAAGUUCCCUUUCUGAUCAACCGAGCUUAAGGAAGUUAUACAGUCUGAGAAACUUUACCUCUAUGGGUCUGAUAAAGAUAUGAACCCUUGUUUUUAUUUCAAACCUUUCUCUAAGCCAGGAAUUUACUUCCAGGAGAAGAGUUCUGAGAUUACAAUGAAGAAUUAUCUUGAUUAUAUAAUCUACUGAUUCGAGACAUGAAAUCAGUAUCUUAUAGGACUAGGAUUUAACACCACAUUUACUAUGCUAGUGGAUUGUGAUGACCAAAAGAUAGACUCUGAGGCUUCGAACUUCUAUUUCGACUCGAUAUGGGAGAUAAUCAAUAAUCAUUAUCCUUGAAAGAUUGCUAAAAUUCAUUUAGUAAAAGUACAAUUAAAGACCUCAUUUAUGAUCCAUGGGCUAAGGCUGAAGAACGUGAUAUUCCAUGAUGAAUUCUAUCAAUCUUCUCUACUAGCACACUUCAAUCAAUACCAGUUGUGUCAAGAGUAUGGAGGAUGUGCCUUAGAGAAAUAUGAUAUCACUCAGCUUAAGAACACAAAUGAUUUGCCUGGGUUCAUCACAAGUUACGUAAAACUACCAAACGAAGUGACUCCAUGCUAA